AGGCAGUUCCUCUCUGGUCGUUUCUGGUCUGAGAAAUUCUGCCAGGAAAGCUAGCUGUGUGUGCUGGUCCCUUACCUGGAGCUUCAGGCUCCUUGCAGGUGGGAGGGAUUGCCCUUGUUCCCCUUUCGCUUUCUCGGCCACCAACCUGACGCCAGGGGCCGGAACUACAGUUCCCACCACGCAGCAAGGCAGGAGGAAGAAGGGCACUGAGGGCUGCAAAGGAAACCAGGAGAAGAACAAACAGUACCCGCUCGCCAGCGAGGUGAGAGACGGGACAGGUCUGUUUUAGUAAGCCAGAGCCAUGCAGUUCUCCAGCUCAGUCAGAGCAGCAGAUGAGAAUGUGGACUAUUUGUUCAAGAUCAUCCUCAUUGGAGAUUCCAAUGUGGGGAAGACGUGUGUGGUACAGCAUUUCAAAUCUGGAGUCUACAGUGAGUCACAGCAGAACACCAUCGGGGUGGACUUCACAGUGCGCUCCCUGGAGAUAGACGGCAAGAAAGUGAAGAUGCAGGUGUGGGACACUGCAGGCCAGGAGCGCUUCCGUACCAUCACCCAAAGCUACUACCGAAGCGCCCACGCAGCCAUCAUCGCCUAUGACCUCACACGACGGUCCACAUUCGAGUCUGUCCCUCACUGGAUUCACGAGAUAGAAAAAUAUGGAGCAGCUAACUUGGUCAUCAUGCUGAUCGGGAACAAAUCAGACCUGUGGGAGAAGCGGCAUGUCCUGUUUGAGGAUGCCUGCACACUGGCCGAGAAAUACGGCCUCCUGGCUGUCUUGGAGACGUCUGCCAAGGAGUCCAGGAACAUAGAUGAAGUCUUUGUGCUCAUGGCGAAGGAGUUGAUUGCCCGCAACAGCCUGCACCUCUAUGGGGAAAGCACCCAGCAAGGCCUGUCCCAGGACUCCAGCCCAGUCCUGGUGGCCCCGGGCCCCAGCAAGAGCACCCGCUGUACUUGUUGAACACGUGUGGGCCCGCACAGAAGCCAGAGUAACCGGACCAGCGACACCCAGUGGCAUUGCAGGCUGAGCCUUAACCCUGGCAGAGAUGGGCAGCACAGACCGAGGAAAGGGAUGCCACCAUCCUCACAGACUCCUUGUGAAAUAAACUUCAGGCGGGAAGAGGGUUAGGAUGGCCUUUUCCCAUUCUGUCCACUGUGCCCCCAGCAUCCCAAGUGUUUAUCAUGGAGUUUGCUUCUCUGAUGUCCAAAGACACUAGUGAAGGGAAGAGAGAGCAGGAACAUGCAGAGGAUGUUUGGAACAUUCUGGAUUUGGGAACAGCCCAGGCACAGGGUCAGGAAAGGCCUGUAAUGAAAAGCCAGACUGCUUCCUGAUGGUCACGGCCAGGUCUUCUUCCCAAGGAGCAAGUCCUGUUGACCUAAAAGCCAGAAAUGCCUUCUUGCCAAAUGGUCAGGAACCAGGAGGCAGAUGGAACUGGCUUCCCCUCUGUCAAUCUGUUUGACCACAGGGAUGGAAAAGAUGCCUUCCACGAGUUCCUAAAACAUCAAAUUAUCCACUAUACGAAAGUCAGCUCUGCAUUGACAUUAAAUUGUGCUAUAGAUCACUAGCAAACCACUAUUGUGUCGCCUCCCAUAAGAUGUGGCCAAAGAUGUCUUCCUGUAGUGGAGUAGUCCCCACUUUCAGAGCAACACAGAGGUUUAGGGUGAUGCUCAGUGGCAGAGCACUUCGCAAGCAUGUACAAUGUCUUAGGUUUAGUCCCCGACACUGUAAAAACAAAUAAAUAAACGACGAUGAACUGAUACAAACAUAAGGGAGGGCCAAGCACACAGCGUGAGGCUGAUCCCAGCUCCUGGAAAGUGGAGGCCAAUCAGAAAUUGAAGGUCAGCCUGGCUACAUACUGAAUUCAAGGCCAGCCCAGGUCUGCAUGAAGCCCUGUCUUAAUAUCAUAUUUAACAGCAGGGCUUGGUGGUACAGACCUGUACUCCUGUACUCAACUACUCAAGAGACUGAGGUAGGAGGAUCAAAAGCUCAGAUCAGAGCUGAAGAAAUGGCUCUGUUAUUAGCAGGUACCCUUCAUGCAGAGGAUCUGAUUUGGUUCCUGGCACCGUGUUAGGCUGUUCACAACAGCCUGUAACUCUAGCUCCAGGGGAUCUGGUGGUCUCCUCUGAACUUCACAAGAGCCUGCACUCACAUGCUCAUAGUACACACACACACACACACACACACACACACACACACACACAAAGGAGCAGCAGCAAAUUUGGUCCCUCUCCCUCCCUGUCUCUUUGAUCCACCAUGUGAUCUCUCCCUUUCAAACAAAUGUCUGGCAUUCUCACUGGGGUCAGCAGCACCAUGACUUUUACCCCAUGAGCUAAAUAAACCACGUUCCUUUGUAAUUUA